AUGGUCGUCUGCAAAUGCCGCAAGGCGACGAGGGUUUAUUGCUUCGUCCACCAGGUUCCGGUCUGCGGCGAGUGCAUCUGCUUCCCAGAACAUCAAUUAUGCGUGGUAAAAAACUAUGCUGAAUGGGUUGUUAAUUCUGAUUAUGACUGGCCACAACACUGCUCUUUGUGUAAUUUGGUUCUAGAAGCUGCAAGCGAAGAAACUACACGAUUGGGUUGCCUCCAUGUGAUGCACACAAAAUGCUUGAUAUCGCAUGUCCAAAGUUUUCCGGCACAAACAGCACCAGCAGGAUUUGUCUGCCCCUCAUGUUCAAUUCCUAUAUGGCCUCCUUCGAGUAUUAAAGAUACAGGCUCCCGCCUCCAUGCUAAACUGAAGGAAGCAGUAGUCCAGACUGGUCUGGAGAAGAAUGUAUUUGGGAAUCAUUUUGUGACAAUGCCUAAAGCUGAUGCCCGCACACCCCCUGCAUUUGCUUCAGACCCCCUUAAGCGUCUAUCAUAUUCUGGUGAAUCUACUGAUGCAAACAUGCUUAACUCUUCGAAAGAUGCAACUUUAUCAUCAGCGGUACUCUCCCAGGGGGAUACAUAUCCUGCUGGGAUGUACUCUUCUGGGACUCUUAGUCAUGUGGAACCAGAAAUAGUUGAAAUAGAUGGUCCUAGUACCAUAGCAACAAAGUUCCCAGAGCAGGAGCCCAAUUUCAUCAGAAGUCCAAGCCCGCACGGGCCUAGUGCCACGACAAGAAAAGGUGCUAACUAUGUUGAGAGACAAAAUUCAGAGAUGUCUUAUUAUGCUGAUGAUGAAGAUGCAAACCGCAAAAAGUACACUAAAAGGGGUACAUACCGUCACAAAUUUUUAAGGAUGCUGCUACCUUUUUGGUCUAGUGCACUGCCAACAUUACCAGUUACAGCACCCCCUAAAAAGGAAAAUGAUGCUCCAGAAGGCCGGUCACGACAUCAGAGGACAUCACGAAUCGAUCCCACAAAGAUCUUACUUGCAAUGGCAAUCAUGGCAUGUAUAGCAACGAUGGGAAUUCUCUACUACCGAUUGUCACAGCGCAGUCUUUCUGAAAACUUUGCCGAUGAUGAGGCUCAGUAG